AUUUAAUGUACUAUGUAUUGUAGAAAGACCUCAACACAUGCUGAUGAGAGUUGCUGUUGGAAUUCACAAGGAAGAUAUUGAUUCUGCUGUCAAAACAUACCAUCUAAUGUCACAGCGGUGGUUUACACAUGCUUCUCCUACCUUAUUUAAUGUUGGCACUCCUCGUCCCCAGUUAAGCAGCUGCUUCCUUAUUUGUAUGAGAGAUGAUAGUAUCGAGGGCAUAUAUGACACUCUCAAGGAGUGUGCUGUUAUAAGCAAAUCUGCUGGAGGAAUUGGUGUUUCUGUUCACAAUAUUCGUGCAAUGGGCAGUUAUAUUCGUGGAACAAACGGAACUUCUAAUGGUGCAAGAUCAGUGACAACAAUGCUUCACCAAAACAGCGAUCAAUCUAGGCAGGAAGUUCAAGAAUAAAAUGAAGCGAAUGAUGGGUUUUAAGCAAAAGUUGCAAUGUACU